UCUGUAUCAAAACAAAUUAAUUCGGACCAAAGAAAUAUAAAAUCUGCAUAUUUGGAUAUUUAGAAAAGCGGCACAAGGUGUUCAAUGGAUCAAAUGUGCAGAGUUUGCAUGGGAAAGUAUGGAGCAUUCACAAGCAUAUUCGACGAGCCACAAAUAUGGGACACUUCCAUUGCUGACAUGAUAUCGGAGUGUACAGGAUACGUGGUGAGGCGAGGCGAUUCACUACCAGAAAGCAUAUGUCCGCCUUGCCUUGAGGAUGCAGUGAGUGCAUUCAAUCUUAAGACCACCUGCGAGCAGAGCCAUAAAUUGACGGACGAGUUUAAAGAAGAAGAAAUCUGUGAUAAUGUCGAAGGCGAGGACUGGGAACCAUCAGAUUACGGAAGCGAACAGUCAAACAAAAUUGAAGCUGAUGCAAAGACUCAAGUUGAGAAGGAUGCCGAUCUUUUGUUCAAAUGUACUCUUUGUCCAAAGAGCUAUCGGCAUAAGUCGAAUCUAAACCGGCACAUGAAAUUGCAUACGGGUGAACGCCCCUAUCAAUGCUCACACUGCUCAAAGACCUUCCAAUCUACUUUCAUUCUUAAAUCACACAUCCGUAUUCACACAGGUGACCGGCCAUAUCACUGCUCUUUCUGCUCAAAGUCAUUUAUUCGAAAAGUCCAACUCACCGAACACCUCCGUUCUCACACGGUGGAGCGACCAUACAAGUGUUCUAACUGUUCGAAAGGUUUUUCGAGCUCAAGAUCUCUGCGGAAUCACAUCCGUUGUAAUACGAAAGAACACUUGCGAUCGAGCCAAGGAAGUCUCCAGCUACACAUGCGUUGUCAUACAGGUGAAGGACCAGCCCUAUGCCCCAUGCCCCACUGCUGCAUGUCCUUUACCCAAAAUGCCGAGCUCAAAACACACAUCCGCACUCACAGGAGGGAGCGACCAUAUAAGUGUUCUUACUGUUCGAAAGGUUUUUCGAGCUCUACAUAUCUCCGGAAGCACAUCCUUAGUCAUACGGAAGAACGAUCGCACCAAUGCUCCCACUGCUCGAAGAACUUUAAAUCAAAAUAUGGACUUAGAAGACACAUCCGUACACACACGGGGGAGCGACCUUAUCCGUGUUCCCAGUGCUCCAUGUCCUUUAAGCAACUCGCACAUCUUCAAAUACACACACGCACCCACACAGGUGAACGACCGUACCAAUGCUCUCAUUGCUCAAAAUCAUUUAAUCAGAGCAUAUCACUAAAAAAACACAUGCGCACUCACACGAAGAACGAUCGUUAAAGUGUCCAAACGCAAAAACAAAUGUAUUUCUAUAAUAAAGAAGCAUAAGAUAA